UGAAGGAUUUACGCAUAGUGACUAAUCUUGGUUCAUUCUUACAGUCGCACCGGAUUUGUGUCGCAGCGUUUCCCAGCCCAGACGCAGAGAAAGUACCAGUUAGACUAUUAUUUCGCUUCUCAGGGGAAAUUUGCUCCUAUCUCUGCCAGCAGCAUCAGGUAAAUAAGCGCCUAUAGAUGGAGUUUUGGUCGCUGUCGUGACUGUUGUUCGCCGCCUCUCACUCUGCGGAAGAUUCUGCCGCAGCAUCCACAACACGGCAGCUCUCUCCUGCGCAAACAUGGGCACCGUGCUCUCCAUAUCUCCUUCCUCAAAGAAGGCGUCUAUUAUGGACACAGAGGGAACAGGAGACGGAGUGAAAAACGACAAGAGCCUCAAACGCCACUCAAUGUUCGUGUCCCUCUCCUGGAAGAAGCUGGUGGCCAGUUCGGCCAAGAAGAGCGCGAAGAAAGUGACCCCGAACCCGCUGCCGUCCAGCCAAGUGGCCCAACUCAACAGCGAGAACGUCAGGAAGACGCACCAAACCGAGGAGAAGAAGCCAAAGGCGCCCAUUCCAGUCCCGGUACCCACGGUACCCACGGUACCCACGCAGAACAGCGACGGCGUGGUCCAAAACGGGAGGCUGUCAACGGUUCAGAAGCAACCCAGCAACUUCUCUCUGCUGUCACCCCGACGGAUUGUUAUCCAGGCGUCAACCGGGGAGCUGCUUCGCUGUUUGGGGGACUUCUUGUGCCGCAGGUGUUACAAACUGAAAGAGUUAAACAGCGGGGAUAUUGUCCUCUGGUUCCGAAACAUUGACCGGAUUCUUUUGAUCCAGGGCUGGCAGGACAUUGGCUUCAUCACGCCGGCCAACGUGGUGUUUGUGUACCUGCUGUGCCAGGAGGCGAUAACGGAGAGCGUCAGCAGCGCGGCCGAGCUGCAGGGCACCUUCCAGACCUGCCUGUACCUGGCAUACUCCUACAUGGGCAACGAGAUCUCCUACCCGCUCAAGCCAUUCAUCAUCGACUCAAACAAGGACGUUUUCUGGGAGACGUCGCUCUGGAUCAUCGACCAGCUGAGCAACAAGAUGCUCCAGCUGAACGCGGACCCGCACUUUUUCACCCAGGUUUUCCAGGACCUGAAGAACCAGCGCGAUUCCAGCGAGUCCAGCUUGGAUCGCUGACCUGGGUUUCAUAACGGAAGGCCGAAAGUGUCAGAAUUUAAUACAUAUAUAUGAUGAAGCACAAAGCUGCAGCCAAUGCAAAAGGAAAAUAGAGCCAUUUUAGAUGAAAAGUUUGUAUUUCUGACCAGGGCCGGAUUUAAGAAAUGCUGGGCCGUUGGGCUAGAGGCCAUGUUGGUCCCCUAACUGCACAAAGUUUGUUUAAGGCAGAUUUCCAGGGCUGGAAGACUUUACUCCUCAAAAUUAUCUUUGCAGUCGUAUUUUCAGAAAAAAAUUCUCAGAGAUAAAUUCUACAAUUGUUUUCACCCAUACAGAAAAAUGACCAAAAAUUUGGAGUAACUAUGGAAGGACUGUGUGUGUGACUUCGUAACAAAAAUACACACGCACACAAAAGAGGAGAGAGGGGAGCAUGCGCUGAACUGCUUUUUAAAGUUGUCUUUAAAAAGUGCAUUUCAACACAAAUAUUAAAGAAAUUUAAAAACUCACUGUCAUGUGGGUUAUAAAUAUGUUAUUUAGAAAGUUAUAAAACAGAAUUUGCAAAAAUAACCAUUUAUAAAAACAAUUAUUUAGAACAAACUGAGGUUAACUGAGUUAACCUACCCAACAUCAGGAUUAAGUAAGCUCUUUCCUAAGCCCAACUUAUAGGUUUUUCCAAACUCUUAUGUCACGUUUUUAAAAUUAUCAUGGUAAUUUCAGUUUUUAUGGUUUUCUGUUUUACAAAUAUGGAUGAAAUUCUAAAAUGUCUAUUUAUUUGGAUUUUGAAUAUUAGAGCCAGGCUACAAUUUAUUUCUUUUUUUUGCAAAAAAAAUAUAUAUAUUGUUAGAAAAAUAAACUUUUCCUGCUUUUGUUCCUUUUGGCAGCUCUGUGCUUCUGCACAUGUAUGAUUGCUUAAAUAACACUGUAAAAACAGACAUUAAAUAAAUAUGAUAAUAUUCACUUAAAUAUUCAAGUCAUUUUUAGAAUAUAUAAUCAAAUAACUAAAUCCAGAAAAAUAUUUACAAUUUUUUAAAAGAUAAAAAAAAACCUCACAUGACUAUUUAGGUCUUUAUUUAUUCAUUUAAUUAUGUUACAGCACAUCCUGUUUAAAUGAUUUUACAAUGAACUGUAGUACAGGAAAUACUAAUUCAAGUUUCCAUUAAUGGUUAAUGCAUGUAAUGACUUACAUAUUUUAUUACUGGUGCAUUUUUAAAACAAAUUCUAAUAUUUUGUUUAUUUGAUGUAUUUUUGCAGUUUUAUUUAACCAAUCGCAUGUAUGAAUAUUUAUUUGUUUGAUUUUGGCACUUUUGACACUUGAAGGGGGAAUGAGCAGCACACUGGCUUAUCUAUAAAGAUGAAUGUAAAAAAAUGAAGACUGCAAAAUUUAGGUGCAGUGCUGAAGGCUUCUCAUGUCUGGACUCAUGAUGUCAUACAACUUCAAUAUGGUCUUUAGGUUCUACUGUAAGAAGUUUUAAACAUGCAUGCCGAUUGUAUGUUGUCCUCUUAUUUUGUCUCGUCCUAGAAAUUGACUUUGUUGUACAACACCUUCCAUUCUAAAAGACGCUCACAUCCCCCUUUUGUACAAGAUUAGCCCAGUAAGUGAAUGGAUGUCGUGAGGUUUGCGUCCAAACCUGAGCCAGAAUAGAUCUGAGUCAAGUCAGGGCGCUGAGCUGUCCAAGGUGCUGACCUGUUCAGCCAUUUCUGUUUGUCUCCCUUUCUCCCAACUGAGCCGAGCUUGGCUUAUGAGUGCCACAAUCAGCCCAGUACACUUUCGGCACAUAAGCCUAAGCCUUGCAAGUAAGUAAGUAAUGGUAGACUAUUGUGCUUUUUUAGCAUCUCAGUCAGCUGAUAGAUAAGCUGUUGAACAUGGAACAGAUACAAAAUGUAUCUGAAAGGGCAAAUCACAUUGAACAGUGAUUGUAAAUAUUACUUUUUGAGCAUUGGCAGUUCCAACUCGGCAUGGGCUAGUGUGUAGUUCAUAUGGCAUGAUAACCCUAAGAAAAAUUACCACUGUUAAAUGUUUACAAAAACAAUUCAAACAAAUUCUAUGUAAUAAUCAGGGGUUUUUUUAUUAUCAUUUAUUAUUAAAACAGGAAAAAACAGCUGUUUUUCUCACUACUACUAAUGUAUUACUAUGCAUAGUUUACAAGUAGUUAUAAGAUUUUCUGUUAAGUCGAUUUUGACAAAAAGAUCAGGAUUAAUGGAAGCGCACAAAAUAAUAUAUCAAUUUGCUGGUCACUUUGUCACUUUUUCUGAUAUCUCAUUAAAAGCACGGUUUUGAAACUGCAACUUUUCAAGCCAAUAUGUAUCACUAACCAGCCCAUGCCUGAUGUUAUCUAAUGCCAUCCAUGUACAAUCUUUGUCCUAAUGUUAAAAACCCAAUCUGCUGGAAAAAGACAUUUUUUGUAUGCUAUUUUAAUAUCUGUUGGUAUAAGGUUGUUCUCAGAUUCUGUUGUGAGAUAGAAAUCACCAGAUACAUUGCAACAAGAUGUCAUUUUGCAUUUCCAACUGCACUCUCUUAUAUUGUAACUGAUCUACAAAAAAGUUGUUGACUUAAGAUGAACAGCAGAUGUACUGCUCUUGUUUUAACUGAAGACUGAAUGGAAUGUAGUUUUUCAAAAAAUAUAUUAUUAUUUUUUUAAUCCUCUUUGUGCCAAGUGGAAAAUGGCCUGAAUCUUUAUGGUUUACAUGUAAAUAUCCCAUCUUUCCAACAUGUUUUGUUUUGUUGCUAGUUUUGGUUGAGGUUGAGGGCAGUUUGAGCAUCACAGAAACAAACACGGGCUUAUAGACAAAUGUUAGCUACAAUCUGUUCUGAAAAUAUGCGCUGAGCCUCAGUUUGCUGGCUUAAGAUUAGUUUAUUCAGGAUUCCUUAAAGUACAAUUCUUUAAUGUGAGAGAAAUGUAGUAAAUAUAAGAAUAACUCAUUUGCACAUGUGUUAUUGCAGUAUUUAUAAGCUAACAUAAUCCAACUUGGAGUCCAAAACCAAACAUAAACCUAUCUAUGGUUAAUCUGACAGACUAUUGUUCUACGUUGUGAAUCAUUUGCUUGAAGAGUAAAUAACAAUGCUGCUACUUUGCACAGCUGUGGACAAAUGUCAUGUCUUUGCACAGCGAUGACGACGUACAGGUGUUUCCUCCAAGUCACUGGAAUGCUUUGCCAUUACGUUUGCAUUCAGUGGCACCAGCUCUCGCUUUUAGAAUGAUCUGUUAAGAAAUAAAUCUUUUGUACGGUUCAUCUUUUUUCCUAAGUCUCACGUGGAAAUUGAUAUUUAGGUGUGUGCUGUCUGUGGUGUUACUCCAUGUAUGCAUUCACUCUUUGUGUGUGUUGAUAAAAGGUCAUGACAGUACUUGUUUGAGGUGUCCAUAGAGAAAUAAAUCCAAAUUUAUGUAGGA